UUGUGCAGAAGCACCGGCGGGUUCCGCAGUCUGCCCAACCACGGGGUUGUAGUGUUUGGCCGCUGUGCUGGCAGCUCCCAAUCCAGUCGCUCGGUGUGCGGCUGGUCUGGGGCUGAUUCUGCAGGGAAGAGGGGCCCAUGGGCUCGGGGCUAUUGGCCCAACAGGCAGAUCGAGUUUAUUGCCUUGUCUCUUCCCACGAGUGGUGAAACCAGAGACCUUGCAGAAGGCGACAGUGGAACUGCUGGACCAGGCCCUGUGCACCAGCCUGUACAGCCACACCCUCACUGACAGGAUGAUGUGCGCCGGCUACCUGGAGGGGAAGAUCGACUCCUGCCAGGGUGACUCUGGUGGCCCCUUGGUUUGUGAAGAGCCAUCUGGCAAGUUUUUCCUGGCCGGUAUAGUAAGCUGGGGAAUUGGCUGUGCUGAAGCCAAGCGGCCUGGAGUCUACGCCCGAGUGACCCAACUCCGAGACUGGAUCCUUGAUGCUAUCUCCACCUUCCCCAUACCCACAGCCCUCACUGUCCCAACGACACUUUCUAGCACAAACGACGAUGCUGCCACCAUGGAAGGGAUCAGCAACAGCACCACGAGCAAACACAGACCUGUGUCCACCACCUUAUCAGUGCCUGCUGCCAGCAAGCCAGCUACUGCUUCCCGUCCGCAAGAGUGCGGAGGGCGACCUGGGCUUUCAAAACCCAGCAAGAUCGUGGGAGGUAUCGAGGCUUCCAAAGGAGAAAUCCCCUGGCAGGUCAGCCUGAAGGAGGGGUCGAGGCACUUUUGUGGGGCCACUGUCAUUGGGGAGCGCUGGUUGCUGUCGGCAGCUCACUGCUUCAAUCAGACAAAGCUGGAAUAUCUGAAAGCCUACCUAGGUACCACAUCCUUAACUGGCGCAGACGGCAACGCGGUGAAAGUCAGUAUAAAGAAAGUGGUGCAGCAUCCCUCCUACAACCCCAUCAUCCUGGACUUUGACGUGGCUGUGCUAGAACUGGCCAGCCCCCUUCGUUUCAACAAGUUCAUCCAACCCGUGUGCCUCCCGUUAGCUGUGCAGAAGUUUCCCGUUGGCAAAAAGUGCAUGAUUUCUGGAUGGGGAAACGUCAGAGAAGGCAACAUCACAAAGCCUGAGAGCCUGCAGAAAGCUUCUGUCGGCAUCAUUGACCAGAAGACCUGCAAUGUUCUCUACAACUUCUCCCUCACUGACCGGAUGAUUUGUGCAGGCUUCCUGGAGGGGAGGGUUGACUCGUGCCAGGGGGACUCGGGUGGACCGCUGGCCUGUGAGGAGACCCCAGGCCUGUUCUACCUGGCCGGUGUUGUAAGCUGGGGGAUUGGCUGUGCUCAGGCUAAGAGGCCAGGGGUGUACUCCAGAAUAACCAAACUCAAGGACUGGAUCCUAGAUGCCAUCUCAUCCAAGCCCAACCUCAGCUCUGGAGCAGGCACCUCGCCCAGCACGGCAACUGCCAGGACCUCCACCACAAGCAGCUCCCCAGCCCAGCCCAGCAGCAAUGAGGCAACCACCAGCCCAGCCAGCCAAAUUACCACCAAGCCAGCUGCUACCCCCAGGAAAACCACCACUGCUGCUCCGAAGACCACAGGGGCUGCCAGGCCCAGCCAGCUCCCAGUGGUGCCCUGUACCAGCUUCACCUUCAAGUGCUCCAGCAAGAUCUGCAUUGGGAAAGCGAACCCGGAGUGCGACGGUGUCACUGACUGCAGCAACGGCUUUGACGAGCGCAACUGCAAUUGCGGCAUGACCCCUGCCGUGGCCUUCAGCAAGAUCGUGGGUGGCAGCGGAGCGGCCCGGGGUGAGUGGCCCUGGCAGGUCAGCCUCUGGCUGCGGCGGAAGGAGCACAAGUGUGGGGCCGUCCUCAUUGCUGACAAAUGGCUGCUCUCAGCAGCUCACUGCUUCGACGUCUACAGUGACCCCAAGAUGUGGGUGGCCGUUCUGGGGACGCCCUUCCUGAGUGGCACGGACGGGAGGGUGGAGAAAAUCUUCCGCAUCUACAAGCACCCAUUCUACAAUGUCUACACACUGGACUAUGACGUGGCGCUGCUGGAGCUGGCCACAGCUGUGCGGUUCACCAGCACCAUCAAGCCCAUCUGCCUCCCGGACAACUCCCACGUCUUCAGGGAAGGGGCCCGCUGUUUCAUCACAGGCUGGGGCGCCACCAAGGAAGGAGGCCUCAUGUCCAAGCACCUGCAAAAGGCUGCAGUAAAUGUAAUUGGCGACCAGGCCUGCAAGAAAUUCUACCCCAUCCAGAUCAGCAGCAGGAUGGUGUGUGCCGGCUUCCCGCAGGGCACCAUCGACAGCUGCUCGGGCGAUGCAGGUGGCCCCUUGGCCUGCAAGGAACCCUCAGGGCGGUGGUUUCUAGCUGGAAUCACAAGCUGGGGCUAUGGCUGUGCAAGGCCUUACUUCCCUGGCGUUUACACCAAAGUGACCGCCGUCCGGGGCUGGAUCGGGCAGAACCUCAAGCUGUGAAGCUGCAUUUUUGCACUCAGGGAAGGAGAGAAGCGUGGGGUGGAAUGGUUACCAGAGCGCCUGGAGCACUACUUCCUUAGCCCACGUACACUCCUUCAUGCUGCCGAGGGGUGAAGAUGGCCCAAUGCCAAAAGCAGGUGCAGCCAAACGCUCUGCACCAGCUACGAUUCAUCACCAGGGCAUGCUCACCAGGUGCAAUCAGAGCUCACUUGCCUAGAACGGUGCGACUCUAGACAGUGGCUCCUGUAAAUAAAUGUGGCCUGUUUCACCCAA